GCAAUAUUUCACCCAGAUCCAGAAUUUGACUGUUUUUGCCCUCAAUUGAAAGGAGCAAUUAACACAGAUGCUUGAACUUUGAGUUCUUUUGUAUGGUUCUCAACAAGUGAGUUGUUCUGCUCUCAUAAAGAUAAAGGGUACAUUCAACACACGUCAACAAAUAACGGCAAGGUGCAUUGCGUAACGCUAAUGCUGCGGCUCAGACGGAAGCUAAUAUGAGACCCGGCGCUACUAAUCGAAAAGUCCUUUUUAGCUUAACCUGCUGCUGCUGCCGCCAUGCGUGCGCGUGCGCGGGCGCGGGCGCGUGCGCUGUAGGCUAUAAAUAAUCCAGCACAGCCACGAUGGACGUCACUUCCUGAGAGGAGCUUUCAGUCUUGGGCGGGCGGCUAACCACGCACGGACACGGACACGGACACCGACACCGACACACUCUCCAGCCGGUCGCUGUAGUAACGCGUGGGAAGCGGAGGCAGCAAGCUGCGGCUCACUUCCAUCGAGAAUUAUACCACCACCUGCCCACACGCUUCGCUUUUGGUGGGGAAGUCAUGACAGAGUUAUUUUUGGACCACCUUGGCAGUGUUUGAAACUAGUAACACAAAAGCGGGGAACUUUUUUUUUCGGCGUUCGUUGACGCGGAGGCGGACACCAGAGACGCGGCUGCUCGCCGGCCACCUGACCCUGUGGAAAAACAAAGACCGCGGCGGCUAAUGACACGAAGUAGCUCGUCAGGGUCGCUUGUUCUCCUGGGAAGCGCUACUUAUUUCGUGUCGCCUUAUUCGGGCUGCACGUCGCGCCCGCGAUGCCAAGCGCCGGUGUAAUCCUCCCGAGGCAGGAGCCGGUGACGCCGGCGCUCUAACGCGCAGCCGGUGCGGCGCCGCGGCGGGGAUGAGCACCACCGACCCGGAGCGCGUGUCGCUCAGCUCCUCGAGUGCGCGAACGCUCUCGGCCAACGUGAAGAAGCUUCACAACGCGCUCAGCCUGCUGCUGAACGACUUGGAGAGGGAGCAGUUCAUCCACUGCCUCAAUGUGUACCACUCCAAGCGCAACGUCUACGACUUGGUGCAGACCCUCAACGUCAUCCUCAACGCGCCCAGCAAACGACAACUUCUCCCCAUGCUGCGGCUCGUCAUCCCCCGCUCUGACCAGCUCCUCUUCGAGCAGUACACCUCGGAGGGCCUCUACCUGAAAUCGAGCAACGGCACCGCCGAGCCACCGCAGGGCCACUUGGGCAGCGCCCACCCGACCCCCCCGGCUCACUACCUCCAGGACGACCCGUCCGAGUUCCAGGUGGCGUUGCGCGGCUCACCGGAUAGCUUCAGCGCCAGCAGCGACGGGACGGCUCCCCUCGUCCCGCUCCUCGGCAGGAACUUUAUCCACGAGCCUCCGGGCGAGCUGCGGCGGGUCACCAUGAAGCGGCACAGGAGCAACGAGGGCCUGGGUUUCAGUAUCCGUGGUGGGUCGGAGCACGGAGUGGGUAUCUACGUGUCGCUGGUGGAACCGGGGAGCCUGGCGGAGAAGGAGGGGCUCCGGAUCGGGGACCAAAUCAUGAAAGUCAACGAGAAAGUCUUCGAGCAAGUCUCCCAUGCUGAAGCAGUUAAGGUGCUGAAGGGCAAUAAAAAGCUGAGCCUUUCUGUACGCUCAGUGGGGAGGAUUCCAGGCGGCUAUGUCACCAACCACGUUUAUACAUGGGUUGACCCUCUGGGCCAUAGUGUGUCCCCUCCUCCUGACCUGCCUGAACAUAGCAGUGCCACCCUCAGAAGAAGUGACAGUCAGCGACGUAGCAACAUGCAGCUCCUGCAGGAGGGAGAUGAGAAGAAGGUCAACUUGGUUUUGGAUGAUGGCCGAUCCCUGGGCCUUAUGAUCCGAGGGGGAGCAGAAUACGCGUUGGGUAUUUACAUCACUGGAGUGGAUCGCGGAUCAGCAGCAGAGUGCGGAGGGCUCAAGUCUCUGCCCAGUCAACCCUUGCAGUCUUGUCCCUCCACCAGUCCUUUCUGUUCCUUGCCCUCCUCGCAGGUUGGGGAUCAAAUUCUGGAAGUUAACGGGCGCAGUUUCUUGAACAUCCCGCACGAUGAAGCUGUCAGGGUACUGAAGUCGUCGCGGCACCUGAUGAUGACGGUGAAAGAUGUGGGCCGCCUGCCUCAUGCCAGGACAGUGGUUGGUGAGACCAAGUGGAUUGCCAGCUCCCAGAUUGCAGAGAGCUCCGCAAACAGCAGUAUGGCAGGCUUCUCUGUGGACCAAGGAGCCUCUGUCGCUGGAAAGUCUGGUUUUUAUAAGGGUAUGGCCGGAUCUCAGGUGACCUUAUCUAGCCUGGUGAACCAGUCCAGAGCUAUGCUAGAAGAGCAAGCCCGUCACCUUCUGACUGAGUCGGAGCGGCAAACUAUGGGCUACUACUUGGAAGAGUACCGGGACGGACAUAUUGGCGUGGAGCAGCUGGUCAUGGCGUUAUUCGAGCUGCUCAACACAAAUGCAAAGUUCUCUCUGCUGUCAGAAGUGCGAGGCCUGGUCAGCCCGCAGGACCUGGAGCGUUUUGAUGGACUCGUGUUACGCCGUGAAAUUCAGGCUCUCAAAGCAAGACAGGGCACAGCAGGAGCGCCUCCACCACUCCAACCGGACUCUCUAUCCGUGGUGUCAUACCCUGACACUCUGACCUCGUCUUCAGGCAGCUUCGUGACUAACACCACUUUGAGCUCCGCCCGGGAAAGGCUACUCUGGCUGAUAGAUAUGAUGGAGGACGACAGUGUGCUGGAUAUUAAUCAGCAGGAUCCCUUGGAAAGUCUGAACACACCGCUGGCUGACAUCUCUCUGGAUGACGUACAGUCCACCACAGCUGACUCUCCCCCUUCCUUCAAGCCUCCGCCCCCAUCAGGGGUGCAGAGGCGCGAGAGUAGACGAGACCAGCUCAACAAAUGCCCCUCGUCCGAAUCCACACACUCGGGCUUGCACUUCGCAGCCCCCGCUCGCCCUAACCGCAACAAAAAGCCAGGUCACACCCCCUCCUCACCCUCUGCACAUCGCAAACAAGAUCCCCCAUUGUUGCCUACCCGGGACUAUGCGGCCAUCCGAAAGAAAGAACUCUUGGCACCUUCCAGGAGAGAACACAAAACGCCCACUCGAUUGUCCAAGGUUGCUCAACAGAGUAUCGGCCCUUUUCCACGCGUCCGGUCCCCAAGCGGGGGCGCCAAACUCGCCGACGCGUCUCCUUCACCGCCGCCUCCGCCCCCACUACCCGCACCUCCUCCACCUCCUUCUCUUCCCCUUAAAGCAGCUGCCAUGUCCGAAGCCUCCUCUCCAGGCUUUAAGCAGCAGUUUGUCACAGUGGAGGUUCACAGGCCCGACGCAGAGCCCGACGUCAAUGAGGUGCGGCCGCUGCCCCAAGCUAGAGGUGGCGCCCUGUCUCAGCUGUCAGACAGUGGCCAGACUCUCAGUGAGGACAGCGGUGUGGACAUAGCUGAGUCAGGACACAUCACCAGAGGCAGCAGCUCCCAUUCCUCAUGCGCACGACACCCUCGAGGCACCCAGGGGGGCGGGGGGGACAACCCCGCCAAACCGCCGGGGCUGUUGGAGCCCACCUCUACCCUGGUGAGGGUGGCAAAGAGUGCAAGUACAUUGGGCAUCGCCGUCGAAGGAGGAGCCAACACCCGACAGCCGUUACCACGAAUUGUCACAAUACAGCGGGGCGGUUCCGCUCACAACUGUGGUCAGCUGAAGGUGGGUCAGGUGAUCCUGGAAGUAAACGGGGUUUCCCUGAGGGGCCGUGAGCACAAGGACGCCGCACGCCUCAUCGCUGAGGCCUUCAAGACCAAAGAGAGGGACCAUGUGGACUUUCUCGUGACUGAGUUCAAUGUAGCACUAUAGCUGAGCGGGAGAGGAGAGAAACCGGCAGGGAUUCGAGGGCAAGCGGGCAAGAGGACAUUUUCAUUUUUCAAUGGCACAACUCUUUCGCGGUGGACUCAAAGGAAACUCCACCUAAUUUAUACCAUGGACCUGUUUGCGAUUCUUUCGGACGUGUUACCUCUCCGCUGUGAGAACUUCGAAGCCUAUGUAACCUUUAUUUUGCUCUCUUGAUUUUGAAAUCAGUGGAUUGGCCUCGAUUUCAAAUCUACUGGAACUUCUUGCACUAGUAUUUCGUUAGUUCUUGGCUACUGCACCUGAUAAGACUGGUCCUCCUCGGCUUUCCUAGUUUGAAUUUAUAUACGGACCGAUGAAUAAAUCUAGAUGUGUAUACUCUA